AUGGUGCUGCUGAGCCCAUCAAUUAGCGGUCUGAGAAAACUGCUCAAUAUAUGUGAGGGGUAUGCGGCAGCCCAUGGCCUGCGGUACAAUAGUAAGAAGAGUGAGAUUGUGGUUUUUAAAUCCAAAGGUAGGAACUACAAUUUUCCUCCUGUCACUCUUGAAGGGUUACCAUUGAAAAGAGUGACAAGUUUUAAGUACCUGGGGCACUGGGUAAAUGAAAGUAUGUCGGAUGAGGCUGAUAUAGAAAGGGAGCGCAGGGCUCUAGCUAUGAGAGCGAACAUGCUCGCCCGUAGAUUUGCACGGUGUAACACUGAAGUUAAACUAACUCUUUUCAGAGCCUAUUGCCAGUCUUUCUACACCUGCAGUCUAUGGGUUGAGUACACACAGAGGACAUUGUCAGCCCUGCGCGUCCAAUAUAAUAAUGGGUUCAGGAUGCUGAUGGGGCUGCCUCGGUACUGUAGCGCGUCAGCUAUGUUCACUGAGGCUCGCAUAGACAGUUUCCCAGUCGUCAUGCGCAAGCGGGUUGCCUCCGCGUGGAGCCGCGUCCGAGACAGCUCCAACAGCCUCCUGGCGGCGAUAGGGAGUCGCUAUUGCUGUCCUAUAUUGAGACACUGGAACAGCGUCCAUGUCGGCUCGAGACCUGCUCGGGUAAAUGUAAAGUAG